AUAAUUAACAAUCACAGUUACAAGCAUGCAGUUUCUCAUGGCCUUUUAUGCCAACUUGUAGAAAUAUCUGUAUUUACAGCAUUUGCCGCUGUAGCAGUAGUUAGUCUCUAACUGAGGAAGUAAUUAUAUGUGAAAGAUUGAACAAAAUAAACUUAAAAUUUUUUUUUUUCCAAAAUAAGCAUUUUCGUCUGCGAGCCUAAGGUCAAGUUUGUUCGUUGUUAGCUUGUUACUAACAGCGAACAAGAAAAGAAAAUUUAUUAUGACAUUGUUUGCUGUUAGUCGUUCCCUGUUACUAACAGCGAACAAAAGGGAUACAAUGUCAUAAUAUUUGAAGGAACAAAAAACAAAUAGUUUGUACGUGAUGAAUAAAUAGUUUAAAAUCUCUAAUGUUACCAGUAAUUUGAAACAGAGGUAGUAUGUUUGAUUGAUAUAGCUUGGCCAAACUUAUUUAGCUUUCAACUAUUCUUGUGAGAGACCAUUAACCAGAUUGCUUCAAAACAAAAACCACAUACUCAUACUUUGUAUUAGUUGAACUGUUAACUCCUUUAUUAGACAUGUCUCAUAUAACAAUUUGUGUUUAGUUUUUCCUGGUAAGAGUCGAAUAAAAAGAGUUAUAAGUUUGUACUUUUGAUCUUGCAAUUUUAACCUAAGCUUUAAAAUUUUUAGAUCUGAGAAGGUUUUAACUCAAAAUUAAUUGUGUGGCACAAAUUAUUGUGAGAGAUUAAUAUUAAUUGGGUCGGCCAAUAAAGAAGCACAUAGAGUAAGAAUAUGCAUUAAAUUUUAAUGAAUUGGAUCUAAGAGAAGUCUCUCGAGAUACUGGCCGAUUAUGUAGACUCAAAUUGUUGCCCAAGUUUGGAAAAAUGAGCAGGGUUGUUCAGAUUUUAGUUCAAUCAAUUUUAAAGACCAUCAUUGUUAAAGUUUUGGGGCUGUUGUUAUUGGGAAUUAUUAUUUGUCGCCACCUUUUUCAUUUUAUCGCCAUCCCCUUUUAACAAAAUUACCAUAUUACCCCUACAUUAAAAAAAAUUACAAAAAUGCCACUUAAGUUAAAAAAUGUUUAAGAAAUAUAAAUGGCACUUAAUAACAUUGUUAUCGCUUAAUAACAUUAUUAUCGGAAUUAUAUAUAUAUUGAAUUUUCAGAGGCUUUAUGGUAGUAUAUUCGAAUUCAAACACGAUACCUUCUCUCUAAAAACUCUCUAAAAACAAUACGUAAAGUUAAACAAGCUAGAACUCUAGAUCGAACAUCAAUGGCAUACCAAGACGUGCAUGAUAACGAUCCGGACUUUGAAAAUUUAGGAGAUAAUAUAGAUUAUUCUGAUAGAUUUGUUACCGAUAGAGAAUUUGAUUCUGUAGAUGAUUUACAUACUUGGGCUAAUGAGAUAGCACUAACAAUUGGAUUUCAAUUUACACGUGCUUCAUAUAAAAAAAAAGAAGGGCGUUCUAGAGUGAGUCUGUACUUAAGAUGUCACCGUUACGAUAAAAGAAGUGUUGAUUUGCAUAACUUAGACAAUGCUCCCCGACCAGGUUCCAAAAGUAGGGGUUGUGGGUGUAAAUUUAUGAUUUUAGGAACUAGUCGUAACCCAAAGGAAAGACCUUGGACGGUUAGAGUGUUUCCUGGUGAAAAAGGAAUACAUAACCACCCGUUCUUCAUGUACAUAGAUGGUCAAAUAAGAGUAAAUAGGAUGACUGUGGAUAUCAGGCAGCACAUACGAGAUCUAAGUGCAACUGGCAUGCAACCAGCAUUUAUAAUGUCUUCAAUUAGAAGAAAUUUUCCUCGUUUUUAUGCUAGUAUGAAUCAAAUUUACAAUGAGAGACAGUCAAUGAGGAGAGAAGAGAUGGAUGGUAGGACUCCUCUUCAACACUGUCUGUAUAUGGCCACAGAGCAUAAUUAUGUAGCUUGGAGGGACUUGGAUAGUGAGGAUCAGUUGACUAGAUUAUUGAUUGCGAAUCCAACUUCUAUCCAGAUGCUACGUUCGUGGCCCCAUGUUGUGUUGAUAGACACAACGUACAAAACGAAUAAGCAAAAGUGGCCCCUUUGCGAAAUCAUUGGAAUGACGCCAACGAAUCAUAAUUUCUUGGUUGCAUUAUGUUUGAUGCGAGAUGAGGCGGCUGUGUCUUAUUCUUGGGUGUUGGAGAGGUUGAGGGAUAUUUACGGGACAGUGCAGACGCCGGAUGUAAUCGUAACGGAUCGGGAUGAGGGUUUGUCUGCAGCUAUUCAUGCUGUCUUUCCAGAUGUACGACAUCUAUUAUGCGUAUGGCAUAUUGGCAAUGACGUGGAGAACAUGGUCGAUAAAUUGUGUGGCGGCAAGAAAAAUCAACAGGGCCAGUUAUUCAGGCAAACAAAAUGGAACCCCUUGGUUAACAGUAUGACGAUCGCCGAUUUUGAAAACAGAUGGGAAGGGAUUGUGUCCACUUGGUCGACUAGGAACCGGAGAGUCGUGCAAUAUUUGGCAGAAACAUGGAUUCCUCACAAAGAGAAAUUUGUGCGUGCGUGGACGAAUGAUUGUUUGCACUUGGGUAACCAGACUACCAGUAGAGUUGAAAGUCAACACUCUUCCUUCAAGUACUACUUGGGUAGCGGUAAUAGCUCAUUCAAUACGCUGUUUAAAAGGGCGCACGCACAAAUUACGAAUCAACAAUCAAAAAUAAGACAAGCUCUUGAGGAAUCUAAGAAUUCCAUUUCAAGGACGUCGCGACUAAAUUUUCUACGACCGUUGUAUCGUCAUGUUUCUAUAUUUGCCUUGGAACUAUUGAUGAUGGAGCACAACCGGAUGCUAACCCUGGGCAGUUGUCUUUUAGAAAAAUGCGGUUGUGUCAUUCAAAAAACCCACGGAUUACCAUGCGCGUGUUACUGUUACUUGUCUAUCAGGUCUAAUGGUGCUUUGUACUUGGACGAUAUACAUCCGUUUUGGAAAACGUUAAAGUAUUUAGAUGCAGAAGAAGACGCCAAUGAAGAAGUACGGCACGCAAACGCCGAUGAUAAAGAGUACUUUCAAUCGUUGGUGGAUGAAGUUUUAAAAUCCGACCCCUCAGUACUACGACGCGUCUCUCAGGUACUUGAACAUGAGCUGCACCCCGAUGGUGACGACAUACCUGAGCCCGAAGCAAGUCCACCGAGGAAAGGAAGACCAAUGACAAGCAGAACCUUGAGGAGAAACAAAAGUGUGUUUGAGUACAGUAGAUCGUCCUCAAGGGGUCGCGGAUCAAGAUCAUCAUCACGCGGGAGAUCCAGUGGUAGAUCAAGCAGCCGGUCGCAUCAAUCGUCAGUUGGAAUUAACUUCAGUUUCAACUUAUCAGAUGGUGCAGCAGGUCGUGAUUUUUCACUUUUUCCGUGGCCAGAUCACAUUCCAUUUAUUCUUCCGCCAUAUCUGUUUGAUUGGAUUGAUGUUAUAGGUGACGGUAAUUGUGGAUUUAGAGCUAUUGCCGCCACAGAGUUAGGGGGUGAGGAAGCAUGGCCUCUGUUACGACGUGCAAUGAGUUUGGAAAUGGAAACGCAUAAAGAACAAUAUGCACGCUUAUAUUUAUCAGCAGAUUCGGUGGAGGAAGCUAUAUUCAGAGUUGGUGCCCACAAUAAAGGACCUGCUCCGUACGAUCACUGGUUGGAAGCGACAACACUGUAUUCUGCAGCAACAUUUUUAAACAUAUUGCGUAUUAUGGCUCUGCGGAUGGUCAUCCAAUGUACAAUUGUUUAGUGCUUCCUUUAAGAAGAACAGGGGGAAUGCAUGGCGUAAAUAAACUUAUACAUAUUCUUUGGGUAAACGGGAAUCAUUAUGUUCAGCUUUUAAUGAACGAUGAUUCAUCUCCACUGCCGCCAGUCCAACAAAAUUGGAGAGCAGCUAACAAUUCAUGUGCAGAUUUAGAAAGACAAUAUCGUAAUAGGAUAUCACUUUGGAGUAGAAUGUGCAACAUACAACGACAACAGCAUAAUAACACCGCCGGAGACGCGGUGAAUUUAGAUUCUCCAUAGUGUUUAUAUAUAAUUCAAUUGUUCAAACGAUUAAAAAGUUGUUCAUACAUAAAGAUUAAAUACAACAAUUGUUCAUGCAUUACAAA